UCCCAGCAUUCUUUGCCUUCCGGCUGUUCUUAGUCCGGUUUGUCCGGUCCCUCCUUACGCGCUUAUUUCGAUCCUGAGUUUCAAACUCGAGUUUCCAAGCCCGGGAACCCGGCGCAGAUUUUCCACGAGUUGGUUUAUGGGCCGUAGCCAUGGCAGCAGGAAUGGCGCAGCUGGAGGGUUACUACUUUUCGGCUGCCCUAAGUUGUACCUUUUUAUUAUCUUGCCUCCUCUUCUCCGCCUUCAGCCGCGCUCUGCGAGAGCCGUACAUGGAUGAGAUCUUCCACCUGCCACAGGCGCAGCGCUACUGUGAGGGCCGCUUCUCCCUCUCACAGUGGGAUCCCAUGAUUACUACAUUGCCUGGCUUAUACCUGGUGUCAGUUGGAGUGGUCAAACCUGCCCAUUGGAUCUUUGGAUGGUCUGAACAUGUAGUCUGCUCCAUUGGAAUGCUCAGAUUUGUUAAUCUCCUCUUCAGUGUUGGCAACUUCUAUUUACUCUAUUUGCUUUUCCGAAAGGUACAACCUAGAAACAAGGCUGCCUCAAGUAUCCAGAGAAUUUUGUCAACAUUAACACUAGCAGUAUUUCCCACACUCUAUUUUUUUAAUUUCCUUUAUUAUACAGAAGCAGGAUCUAUGUUUUUUACUCUUUUUGCCUAUUUGAUGUGUCUUUAUGGGAAUCAUAAAACUUCAGCCUUGCUUGGAUUUUGUGGCUUCAUGUUUCGUCAAACAAAUAUCAUCUGGGCUGUCUUCUGUGCAGGAAAUGUCAUUGCACAAAAAUUAACUGAAGCUUGGAAAACUGAGUUACAAAAGAAGAAGGAAGAGAGGCUUCCCUCUAUCAAAGGACCCUUUUCAGAAUUUAGGAAAAUUCUUCAAUUUCUUUUUGCUUAUUCCAUGUCCUUUAAGAACUUGGGUAUGCUUAUACUUUUAACUUGGCCCUAUAUUUUCCUAGUUUUUGUGUUUUGUGCUUUUGUAGUAGUUAAUGGUGGAAUUGUUAUUGGUGAUCGGAGUAGUCAUGAAGCCUGUCUCCAUUUUCCUCAGCUAUUCUACUUUUUCUCUUUUACCCUCUUUUUUUCUUUUCCUCACUUACUCUCUCUUAGCAAAAUUAAGACUUUUCUUUCCGUAGUGUGGAAACGUAGAAUUCAGUUUUUAGCGAUUACCUUAGUCUCCUUAUUUUUAGUUUGGAAAUUCACUUAUGCUCAUAAAUACUUACUAGCAGACAAUAGACAUUAUACAUUCUAUGUGUGGAAAAGGGUUUUUCAGAGAUACGAAAUUGUGAAAUACUUGUUAGUUCCGGUCUAUAUAUUUGCUGGUUGGAGUAUAGCUGAGUCAUUGAAAUCAAAAUCAAUUUUCUGGAAUUUAAUGUUUUUCAUAUGCUUGUUUAUGGUUACUGUUCCUCAGAAAUUGCUGGAAUUUCGUUACUUUAUUUUACCUUAUGUUAUUUAUAGACUUAACAUACCUCUGCCACCCACAUCCAAACUUGUUUAUGAACUGGGUUGCUAUGCAGUGGUUAAUUUCCUAACUUUUUAUAUCUUCCUGAACAAGACUUUUCAGUGGCCAAAUAGUCAAGACAUUCAGAGAUUUAUGUGGUAAUAUCAGGGAUAUUUUGAACUCUAAAAACAGACUUAAUAUUUGGAUUAUUUCCACAAUGAACAACUGAACAGGUAGGAAUUAUGGAAUUUCUUUAGGGCACAAUAGUGAGCCUCAGAUCAGAUUUUUUACCUGUGUGUUAAGCAUAUGUAACAAAUCCAAGGAAGUUAAGUGAAAGAACUGGAAAAAUUUUAAGAUGUGCUCAAAAAACCUGAAUAAUGAUGGGAAAAUAAAAUUGUUACAAUUAUAUCUUUCUGCUACUGCUGGCCGCUAAAAAACUUGGAAACUUUUUAUAUAUACAAGUUUAAGGAAACUGAGCAUGCUUCUUAGUACUAGAACUUAUUCUGUCCAGACAGCAAUAGGUGACAAAUUAUUUAAAAAAUAUUUACAAAUAAUCAGUAAUAUUCUUGAUUGAAAUAUUGAUUAACAUUUCAAUAAAUACAUGUAGUUUUUUUUUUUUUUAAAUAUCCUGUUCUAGGUGAAACUUCCAUAGCAAAUUGGAUUCCCAUUUAACAAUUUUUACACAGAUUAUUCCCUGACGUUGAUUAUAUUUUUUACAACGUGUCAGCAUUCUCAUUAUUUCAAUUCUGUUUGUUCUGUUUUCAUUAAUUUAGCUUCCAUGCCCCUCCUUACCUUCUCAUCUUUGCUUUAGGUUAAGUAUCAACCGUUUGGUCUCUUACAGCUGAUAAUGUAAGGGGGCACAGUACUUAUGGGUUAUAUUGUUUAUUUUAUAAGCCAAUCUAUUUGGAUGAAAGAUGACCUUUGGGAGUGGCUUCAGCUCGGAAUUCAAAGGGUAUCUUAGGUGAUAGUCUUGGAGUUUCCUCUAGUCUGUAUCAGUCUGGUAAGUCUGGACUUUUUUAGGAAUUUCAGUUCUGCAUUUUUCUAAAUAUUUAGAGUGUUAAUCAUAAGGCAGAAUAGACUCGCAUAGAUAGUAAAUGUUAUAAAUUAGAGGCUCAUAUAUGUUUAUGUGGGAAUCGAGUUGUUGGUAAUUGUUUGGAAUCUGGCCAUGGUGAAGCUCUUUCACUAAUUUUUAGUAUGAAAUAUAUCAUAAGAUAUAUCAUAAGAUAAAUUAUGUUGUUGUCAUUAGGUGCCCUUGAGUCGGUUCCAACUCAUACCAAUCCUAUGUACAACAGAACGAAACACUGCCCGGUUCUGCGCCAUCCUCACAAUUGUUAGGCUAAACUAUGUUGCUGAUGCUGAAAUACAUUACUAUAUAGGUUUUCUAGGGCUGUUGAAACAAAUUGGGACAAAUGUGGUAUCUUAAAACAACAAAUUUACUUUGUCAUAGUACCGGAGGAUAGAAGUCCAAAAGCAAGGGUUGGUUCCUUCUGGAGGCUCUGAGGAAGAAAUCCAUUCUGUGCCUCUCUCUCCUAGCUUCUGGUGGCUGUUGGCAAGCCAUUGCUUUCCUUGGCUUGUAGACAUAUCACUGCUAUCUCUGCCUCUGUUUUCACAUGGCCCUUCUGGGUUUCUGUGUCUAUCUUUUCUAUCUCUUAUAAGGAUAGUGUCAUUAGAUAUAGGGCCCAUCCUAAUCCAGUAUAAUCUCAUCUUGAGAUUCUUAAUUAUAUCUGCAAACACCCUUAAAGCCACAUUCACAGGUAGACGUAUCUUUUCGUGAGACACUAUUCAACCCACUACAGUUACCAAAGGCAAGUUUAGGAUAAACCUUGUAAGAUUUGUAGGAGGUAAUUUCUUUGCUGAGAUCUUUCAGGUAAAACUGUAUCUUUACUGAGAGGUUUAAAAAAUGACUUCUUAGAUCAUAUAAAUUGUAAACCUCAAGGUAACUGGUUUUGGUUCUAUUAUUAAAAAAAAAAAUUGGAAGGAAGUUUAGACAUCAUCUAAUCUAGUAACAUUUUAUAGAUUAGGGAACAACUUCUUGGGUAGGAUUCUUUGUGUUGGUUUUGGGAUCCUGUGUUUAUUAUUUUGAGUCCAUAAACGGGGUUGUUGUUCCAAUACAGGAAAGUAUUAUUUGAACAUGUUAACUUUGACGUGUAAACUCAAAACUGUGGAUGUAAUUCAUUUUUAAUUUAGUUAUACAUUUCUAAACUUUUAUUAGAGUUGGCUCUAAUUGUGAAGAAGUUACUUUAUCCUCACUGUUGGGUGAUGUUUUCUCUGGGCUUUAAAGAGUAAGUGGAUUUGAAAAGCAUUCUGCGUUUGCACAUAGGAAAUUGUUAGGGGUAACGAAUACAGAGUAGUUUUUGUUGUUCUCUGUUCAACACUUAGGAAAUAGAGUAGUUAUUUGAUUCAUUAGUUGUAACAAUGAUUGUAGAAUAUAUGUGUAUUUUACCCAGAGUUUUUUUUUUUUUUUAAUUGGUCAAGAAAGUGUUCUCAAUUCAUUAUGCUUUUACUGUGAAUUUAUCGUAAUGGAGAUCUUGCCCCAGGAAGUCAAAAUUGAAAAAAAAAAAAAAAUAGUGUAAUUUAGGAAGAAGAGCUCUCUUGUCUGAUAUUAUUAAACCCUGGUGGCAUAGUGGUUAUGAGCUAUGGCUGCUAACCAAAAGGUUGGCAGUUUGAAUCUACCAGAUGCUCCUUAGAAACCGUAUGGGGCAUUUUUACUUGGUCCUGUAGUGUCGCUAUGAGUCGGAGUUGACUCGAUAAAUAGCUGCGGGUUUGGUUUGUGUGUGUGUGUGUUUAGAAAUGUUUCUGAGAGAAAAAAACUUUUUUAUUCUGAUCUACUGUGGCAAAGAUGAGGAAACCAUUCUACCUCAUACAUUGAAGAAGACUGCUUUUUUCAGGAGAUCACUGUUCAAUUCAUUUUUAGGUGUUAAGUCUCCUAUUUUAAGAGAUGUUUUGGAGCAAAUCUGAAUUUGGAGGAAGGUAUAUUAAUCUUGCAUGUUUUCCAUGAGGUACAUAAGAUACAAUAUUUGGCAUUUUAGAAAAGAAUGCCAUGAAUUAAAAGGUGCUUUUUUUUUUUUUCCACUAAUUCUUAUUUUAAAAUAGGGAUGUUUAUCAGUACUUUUAAGAUAAAUGUUUCAGUUACAUUUUCUUAGGCAUUUAGAAGAUAGCCAUUUGCCAGUGAUUUUUUCCAAGAUAUGUAAUAAAUGAAAUGAUUAUGUAAAAAUAAACUAACUGAGAUAUCUUAGCAUACCAGAUCAUUUUGCCUUUAGUUGUUCAAGAUCCUGUACCAAACUCAUCCUAGUGUAGUCAUUCCACUUGAGAAGACUGGGAGGGCCAGUCAUCCCUUGCUCUUCAGAGCUUUGCUUUUAGAAACAUCCUAAGUUAGGUUUGUGUUUUGAUCAUUUGUCACAAGUUGCCAUAUGGAUAUUUUUGACAUGAAUUUUUAAAGACAUUGAAUAAAUUUGAUUAAAAGCUGAUUAUUUUUUUAAAAAGUAUUGACAUGGUUGAAUGCCUGUGGAGUUUUGCAGUUAUUGGUACUGAAGUAUGUAAGGAUUAUUUUAAAGAGUAUUAUAAAAAGAUUUAGUCCAUAAUUUAUUUUAGAUCCAGUAAUAAAUCUUUUUGAACUGACUGUACCCUAUGUGAAAUUCCACAGAUAUAGAAUAUUUAUGUGACAUUAGUAAGGUUCCAGUGUUUUGGCACAUAUUAUUCAUUUUCUCUUAGUGGAUACCCAGAGAUCAUUUAUAGCAGUGUUCCUGAGUUUAAACAUACCAUGCCAUUUUGACAAAAGAAAUUAUUUUAGCCACUUGGCCUUUUUUUUCUCUUUUUAAAGUUAUUUCUAGAAUGCACUUCAUCUGUCAUAAAGAAAUAGAAAUAGCUUAAUGUAAAGACUUAACAGUGUUUCUAAUACAUACUUAACUACCCCUUGGCUUGACAUUUUCUUUAUAAUUGUCUGAAGAGGGGAGAUCCUCAGUUUUUAUUUACACACCCUCAAUAGUGGACUGUUAUUUUGGACUCACUUUUAAGUAAAAUAUAUAUUAAUACGAAGGAAUAAAGUCAUGUCUGUUAGUCUAUAGAAGCGUGUACUAUCUUUGAAGCAAUUAUAAUUUCAUUAAAAAUGAAACAGAGAGGUGGAGCCAAGAUGGCGGAAUAGACAGACACUUCCGUCAAGCCCUCUUUACAACAAAGACCCGAAAAAACAAGUGAAAUGAGUAUAUUUGUGACAAGCUGGGAGCCCUGAGCAUCAAAGGCAAGCUUAGACAAUGAACUGAGGGUCAGGGGGAGGAAGAGGCUGUUCAGAAGUGGAGAGAAGUUACCAGACCUGAAUCACGGGGAGCUGUCAGGCACCAUUCCUGGAGCUGUGGCAGUGGCGGCGGUGGGCUGGUACUAGCGUUUAGCCACAGUUUCCUCAGGGAGAAGCAGCCACGCAGCCCACUCACACCUCCAGAACCUGAGGAGAACGGUACUCCUGGCAAAAGCUAAGUACUUGCGUAUAUUUUACCGCCCCCCCACCCCCGAGCCGGCUACAGUGGCUGAAUCCCUGGGCCUGAGAUAGACUCUGGUGAGCACCUAGAGCCAUCCUCCCGACCUUGGGGAAGGAAAAAAUGUGCACCUGGGGGGAAAAGAUAAUUUGCUAGCUCCGUUAACCAGGGGAGCUUAGGACAGAAGCGGCUCUUGUCCAGGCAUACACCAUCCGUGGACCUUGAGCACUUUUGCUCCUGCAUGGACCUGUGUGGGCCUGUUUCGGGAGAAUAGGCUCUUGUUGGCAAACUCCAAUCAUUUCAGCUGCGCAGUGGAGAGGUGGGUGUUUGAUGUUUGACAUUGGUUUGCCUGUUAAACAAGGUCCUCACCUUCCCGCAAUAGGGACCUAAGGACUGGUAGCUCCACUCAGGUCACCCAGCAGCCUGCAACAGGGGACCAAAGAUAACAGGUACCUCCCAGUCCUUACAACCAAAAACUUUGGGUGCCCAUGGUCCAUCUGCAGAACCCACCCACCAGCACGUUCCAGGAAACGGGGACGCAUUUUCCUCAGAGACACUUGGGGGUUGGUUCUCAGCCCCCUGCCUUGUUCAGAGCGUGACCCCGUGCUGCAAUCAGAUGCCGGUAUAUACGCCAAUCACCCCUGCCCCUCUAAGACUGUAGGACAGAGUCUGUACCACAUACUUGAUAUCAGCUACCUGGAAACCUGAGCUGAAUUCAUACAAGAAAACUGAAUGGACUCGUAGACCGAUAUACCUGGUAACAGUUCUAGCCAGCUGGGGACAGGACACCAGAGCUCCAAAGGCAAAAAUAACCAAGCUAGCUCACUCAAGCAACCUAUACGGGUAUACCAAAACAAAACAAAGCACGUUGCUAUGACAGUAAGAAAGCAUAAACUAAUACAAUAACUUAUAGAUGGCUUGGAGACAACAGUCAAUAUCAAGUCACGUAAACAGACCACAAUCGCCUCAACAGGCUCUCAAAACAAAGAAUCCAGGGAUCUUCUAGAUGAAGGUGCAUUCCUGGGAUUACCGGAGCCAGAAUACAAAAGUUUAAUAUACAGGAAGGAAAUGAGGCAAUACGCAGAACAACCCAAGAAACACACAGAUAAAGCAACUGAAGAAAUUAGAUUAUUCAGGAACAUAAUGAAAAGUUUAAUAAGCUGGAAAAAUCCAUAGACAGCAAUCAGAAAUUCAGAAGAUUAACAAUAAAAUUACAGAAUUAGCUCAAUAGAAAGAGCAGAAUUGAGCAUUUAGAAGCUAGAAUUUCUGAACUCAAAGGUAAAUCACUUGGCACUAAUAUAUUUGAAGAAAAAUCAGAAAAAAGAAUUCAAAAAAAAUGAAGAAACCUUAAGAAUCAUGUGGGACUCUAUCAAGAGAAAUAACCUAUAAGUGUUUGGAGUACCAGAACAGGGAGGGAAAACAGAAAAUACAGAGAAACUUGUUGAAGAUUUGUUGGCAGAAAACUUCCCUGAUAUUGUGAAAGAUGAGGAGAUAUCUAUCCAAGAUGCUCAUUGAACUCCACAUAAGGUAGAUCUUAAAGUCACGAAGACAUAUUAUAACCAAGCUUGCCAAAACCAAAGAUAAGGAGACAAUUAUAAGAGCAGCGAGAGGUAAAAGAAAAGUCACCUACAAAGGAGAGCCAAUAAGAAUAAGCUCGGACUACUUGGCAGAAACCAUGCAGUCAAGAAGGCAGUGGGAUGACAUAUUUUUAAAAAAUUGAAGGAAAAAAAUUGCCUGCCAAGAAACAUAUCCAUCAAAACUGUCUCUUAAAUAUGAAGGUGAAAUUAAGACAUUUCCAGAUAAACACAAGUUUAGGGAAUUCGUAAAAACCAAACCAAAACUACAAGAAAUACUAAAGGGAGUUCUUUGGUUAGAAAAUCAAUAAUAUCAGGUUCAAGACUAGAACACUGUGCGGAGCAACCGGAAGUCAACCCAGACGGGGAAAUCCAAAAAAAAACAAAAAGCAAGAUUAUAAAAAAAAAAAAGCCCAACACAGGGUAA